CCUUGUGUUACGUACGCAAUCAGGCCGCGGAAAGUCCGACGUUCUUGGCUUGCUUUCGCCUAGCGCUUUUGCUCGCAUAGAUCAGCCAACUAAAAUAUUGCGGUCUGAACAGCAUACGCAUACCCCCAGUCCGGACAUACCCCACAUAUAGCAUCCACUCCACAAGGCACGCCACCAUGGGAGCCGGUGUCUCCUCCAGUCGUCGCCCUCCAGUCGUCGCCGUCCAUCCAGCAACCAGCAACCAAGUUACGUCUCCCAAUCCCCCGUCACUUCCAUUCAAGAAAGCCAAGCACCCCCGACCACGACAAGUCUCCUUCCCCCGCAUACACCAAAACACAUCCCGCCGCGGCCGCUACAUGCGUCUAGCCGUACGGUUCGACCCCGGCGGAAAAGAUGCGCGACGGGCGUUCAAAAGCGCAAAGAAGUGGAGGGCGGCGUGGGUGGAGUUUGUGACAUUGCUGGAGGCGGGAGCGAGGGGGUGUGCGGCUUGGAGCGAGUACGAAACACUCAACCGACCCAUCGGCUUCAGCGGCCCCUUCACGCAUACCUCCCACCUCAUCGCUCAACUCCCUGCUUUGUCGCACACCUUUCUGACGCAGCUUGACGCGCACAUUACACUGCUUGCGCUCAUGUCGCACCAGCCGACGCACGCGCGCGAGGCUAUCAAGCGGGAGGAGGGGGUUAUGAUGUUGCGGAACAUGAUGGCGACGCUUGGGGAGAUGUGGGGCGCGGUUGGGAAGAUUUGUGGGGAGAUGGAGGGGGCGUUUGGUGGCAGUGAUAAGGAGGGGGGCAAGGACGGGGGAAGGGAGGACGAUUGGGGAAGGGACGGGUGUGUGGAGGCGAAGAUGAAGAUUCUGAAGCGGGUGGGGAGGGUGUUUGGGAAAGCGGCGAGGCGGUGGGAGUGCGUGUGUGUGGAGGAGGUUAAAGCAGUGGGGAGUUUGAGGGAGUGGUGGAGGAAGGAUUGGAUGGCACGAAUGAAGAACUCCACGACGGACACCACCCCGACUUACCUCACCCUCCUCGACACCUGGCACACGCUGCUCACCUCCCCAGCCGCACUUCCUUCCAGAACAGGCGUCACCCGCGCCACCGCCAUCCUUUCCAGCGCGCUCACCCAGCAACACGACAGCGAGCGCGCUACCUCCCAAAACAUCGCGCUCGUGCGCAAACUCAGUCGGAAUGCGACCGCCGCGUCGAAGAAGCUUUCCAGGGGCCGUGUCGCGCCUGCCGACGCUGCGGUGGAGUAUAGUGUGAAGGGAGUGAAGGAACGGAGGAAGUUGUCACAGGAUCUGCAUGCGUUGGAUGUGGCGAAGGAGCGGUUGGAGGAAGGUGUGAGGAGGAACAAGGAGUUAGCGGAAGGGGUUGUCUGCAGGGCCGUGGGUGGGCUGUGGGGGAGUUUGGGGAGCGGCCAUCACGGGAAGAGGUGCUGA